AGAAUACAGUUUUUGGUAAAAAAAAAUUGGUCAGGUUAUCUUAUUCAUAAAUUGUCUUGAGAGGCAGGUCACAGUUCUCUCAUCUGUAAAAGGCAGAUUACAGCCCACCUCCUAUGAGCCCCUUGAGGGAGAGCUUAGAGCCCUGCAGAGUGUGAGGCAUAUGGUAUGCCCUUAAAAAGCGUCAGUAGAGCAAAUGGGUAUGUCACAAGGUUAUCAUGAGGCUAUGACAGUAUAACUGUCCCGGGAGUUCUGUGAGCUGUACAGCUUCAUGUAGGUUAGUUAAUUUGCCAAGUAUAAUAUAUGCUGUCCUAUGCAAUUGGCAAGGAUGAAUCUUACAUUUCCAAGGCAUUUAUUAUUAAUUUCAAAAAAAGAAAUAUGUAACACAGACUCUGGGAAGCAAGGUCAUCUCCUUACUUGUGCUUAGUAGAGAGAGGAGGUGAGGCGCUGGCACCUAGGAAUGUCUUUGUGUCAGCUUUUACUUACAGGCAUUUCAAAACUUCAAGAAAAAUGCACAUUUCUGAGAGGUUUGUAUAUCUUAGCCCUACCAAGCAUAGACUGUGAAGCUGAGAGGGUUACUGAAUCUCCGUAUCUUGACUGAAAAUCCAAUGUGUCACAGUGUAUUUUGCUAAAAUCUUGAAUCAAUUGAAGAGAAGUAAGCCCUUAAAAUUUUGAGAACUAGGUGACGUGUCUGAUACUUUUGAGAAAAGUGCUUUUCACACCUCUAGGACAAGAAGGUUUCUGCCUUUUUUGCUUAUUGGGUUAACUUUUUGUAAUUUAAUAGGAAAGAAUGAAAAGGAAUAGUAUCCAAGAGAAAAGUUUUAUGUUUUAUAGAAAAGGAACACACCCAUGGAACUGGAAGGAAUUGAUGAUUUUUAUUUCUAUUAUGCAUAAAGUGAUUUAAUGUUGCAUUUCCUGAUGUAACUGUAACCAAUAUCAAAGUUGCUUUUCCUGGCUGGGCAUGGUGGCUCACACCUGUAAUCCCAGCACUUUGGGAGGCCAAGGCGGGAGGAUCGCCUGAGAGCAGGAGUUUGAGACCAGCCUGGCCAACAUGGCAAGAUCCUGUCUCUACAAAAAAUGAAAUUAGCUGGGUGUAGUGGCACAUGCCUGUAGUCCCAGCUACUCUGAGGUGGGAGGAUCACUUGAUCCCAGGAGGUCAAGACUGCAGAGCCAUGUUUGUGCCACUGCACUCCAGCCUGGGGGAUCUUCUCUGGAUCAAGCAAUGGUGGUGAAAAAUGUUUCGCAAAGGCAAAAAGCGACACAGUAGUAGCAGUUCCCAAAGUAGUGAAAUCAGUACUAAGAGCAAGUCUGUAGAUUCUAGCCUUGGGGGUCUUUCACGAUCCAGCACUGUGGCCAGCCUCGACACAGAUUCCACCAAAAGCUCGGGACAAAGCAACAAUAAUUCAGAUACCUGUGCAGAAUUUCGAAUAAAAUACGUUGGUGCCAUUGAGAAACUGAAACUUUCCGAAGGAAAAGGCCUUGAAGGGCCGUUAGACCUGAUAAAUUAUAUAGACGUUGCCCAGCAAGAUGGAAAGUUGCCUUUUGUUCCUCCGGAGGAAGAAUUUAUUAUGGGAGUUUCCAAGUAUGGCAUAAAAGUAUCAACAUCAGAUCAAUAUGAUGUUUUGCACAGGCAUGCUCUCUACUUAAUAAUCCGGAUGGUGUGUUACGAUGAUGGUCUGGGGGCAGGAAGAAGCUUACUGGCUCUGAAGACCACAGAUGCAAGCAAUGAAGAAUACAGCCUGUGGGUUUAUCAGUGCAAUAGCCUGGAACAAGCACAAGCCAUUUGCAAGGUUUUAUCCACCGCUUUUGACUCUGUAUUAACAUCUGAGAAACCCUGAAUCCUGCAAUCAAGUGGAAGUCAACUUCAUCUGAAAGUUAAGCUGUUUUCAAACUGCAAUGCUGAAGUGUUAUGCAAAUAAUGAAGUGAUCCCUUGCUCUAGAUUUUCUGAAGAAAAUGGAUUGUGUAAAAUGCUGAUCAUUUGUUUAUUAAAAUGUUUCCUAUUAAUUACA